GCCUCAAGGAACCUGUUCGUGACCUUAGGAGAUGUCGACCGAUCGACUUCGGCUGAAGCCAGAUCUAUCGAGAUCCCGGCUGAGUCCAUCUUUCACCCUCACUUCGACGCCAUGACCUACAAAAACAACAUCGCACUAUUGAAGCUCAAGACGCCGGUGGAUUUCGAUGCUUAUCCGAAUGUUCGUCCCAUUUGCAUUUCCUCCGAUGCCAGUCCAUCUCCUGGAACCUCAGUCACCAUCGCGGGAUGGGGAGGGUCCGAUUUCUAUGCACCUAACGCUAUGAAGUUGAACGAAGCAACCGUACAGGUGAUCGGCUUAUCUGACUGCAAAGUCUGGUACAAUGCGAUGGACGAUAACUCCAUCUGCGCGCGAUCGACGCAAUCAAACAUCUGCUUCGGCGACGCGGGAGGACCGAUGAUGUACCUGACACCCGCUGGCUACUACCAGAACGUCGGCGUCGCUUCCUUCCCAAAGACGGUGCAGUGUCCGGCUCACUACGGCGCGGUGUACACGAGGACGGCAAAUUACGUGGAGGACUUCAUCGAGAGCAACACUCAAGAUGCCAAAUGGUGCCCGACUCCCUGACCCUUUUUUGGUCUGGAUCCCGCUCUAUCCACCAUUCCACGGACAUUGCAAACACCAUCACACUUACUUUUUCGUAUUUACGAAUGCUCUCC